UCCCCAUCGAAGCCACCGACUCGCAAUGUUAUACGCCGCGGCGUACACGACUUGGAACAAAGCUGGAACCGGACGUGCGCCUAUCUCUGCCUACGCGGCGCGUAUAUGUGUACAAUUGAUUAAUUCUCGAUUCGCGAUCGCCCGUCGCGCCCGAUUUCCGAGGGGAUCGCGUCACCGCCGACACCCAGAACGGUGGCGGCCGCGAGUGGAGCGUAUAUUUUCAGUGCGACUUGUCAGAGUGGAUACGCUCCGUCGGAUACCGGCUGCCUGAUUACCUGUUGCGUCCACACUGCGGGGGCCCGCGAUUGCAGAGACCCGUCGUCGCUCACGGCGUUAAAAUUGAAGCUUUACGAGAAGGGAAGCCCAAUCGGAUGUACAAUCUCCAUAAAUAGACAGCGCAGAGUAAUCCUUUUAUGAAAUAGCCACACUCCUGUUUACAACGUGUGCAUUCUUGUAUAUGUACGAUUCAAGUAUAUUACACAUGCAGUAAUAAAGAUAAUUGCGCCUGAGUGAGCAGAUAUCUGAGCAGAAAUGAAAGGCAACGAUAGCAAAGACAGUGCCUUGAGCCCAAAACUGGAGGACAAUAUAUACAUAGGUUUAAUGCCGUCGACCGAGGUGACGUUUAUGCAGCAUCCGUUCAAGCUCUCUGCGGUGUCGAGGCAGUAUCCGCGGAAAAAUCAAUUUCAAUUCUACUACAAAAGCAAAAGCUGGAUGUACGAUGUCGCAGAUAAAAAGUCACCAAGUUACUACGUCGUCAACUCGCCGAACUCGUCAAAUUCGCCAAAUUCGACCCUGGACUACGACUCCAGUCCAGACAGUCACUUACGAAUAUUGUCCAGGUCGGCUAAAAUAAUGAGACAGCUCAGCAACACUUCUUGUUCGUUUCGUAGCAAAGACAUAGGAAUAAAGAAAUUACUCACCUUCGACUCGACUCCAAGUCCGAAGACGAGCAGCAGCUACGAAAAUUCUGACAGUCCGAUCAACGCCGACACGCCGUCCACGUUGGACACAAGUCUGACCACUUCCACCGACAGUAACACCGUCCCGACUGCGGAAUCUAUCGACGAGAAUCAGAAUCAAACGCCUCAGCAAACUCGAAAGCACAAGCGUAUCAAUGAGUCGAGCGACGAAACAGAGGCGGAAUUUACGUGGGGGCGGACGAGAACGUCUUAUUUAAUGUCGUUGCUUCAGAAUGAACGAAAGGGAAAAGCCUACAAGGACGCAAGUCAUCCAACAUCUUCGCAUUUCCUUCGCUGGCGCAACCAGUUCGAUAAUAGAUCCAGCCGCGUUAUAACUGCGAGUACACCGAGGAAUCUGUCUCAGGAGUUUAACCAGGAGAUACACGAUAGGCCGCACACACCUGAGAACGUGAUCAAAGUAGUUCCAGAAAGUAUAAGUGCUAUCAAGAACAGCCACAGGAAGGAAAAGUUGUAUUGUCAUGAGGAACAAUCAUCUGCUCGACAGCCGGAUGUUUCUACAGAAAAUGAUGACUCGGUUCCAGGAACGUCGACAGAAUCUUCGGAAAUGGGUGCGAUUGCUGAAACCAGCACUGCUUCCGAAGAUGAAUCUCGAAAGAAAAAUAGAAGUACCAAGAGGACGCUUGUUUACAGUUUGAAUAAUGAACAUUCCGACGUUACAUCGGACAGCGAUCGCAGUAUGCGGCAGAAGACGCCAAUGGAAAUUGAUCUAAGCGGAUUGGACCAAAUAGAGAGCGACGAAAUGCGGGCUGUUGAUUCCAGCGAUUCUAAGAGUCACGAAAAAAGUAUGCAAGUUAGCAUGCAUCUCAUGGAUGACGAACGGGAAAAGGGUCGCUCCGAGGAGGACGUUUGCAGUGAAGAACUAAGUUGGCUGUCUUGGCAGAAGGAAUCGUCGUCAGGUAAUGCCAGUACGCCGAGCGAAGGAAGAACAGCGUCUCCAGAAUCUAAUCCAAUUGCUUCUCAAGACGCUGGCAAAGUAGUUACACCCGAGAAUCACGGAAACGUGUUAAAGCACUUGUUAACAGAAUCGAUCAAAAAGUCGCAUAAGAAGAUGAAACAUGGAAAUAGAAAACAAUUAUUUCAAGCGAGAAAUUGUAAGGAAAUGGAAUCGGCAAGAUCUGAGAUAUCACUCGAGACUGCGUGUAACGACGAUCAAGAUGUUAAAAGUCGGACGGCCGAUACCAUUUGUGUCUCGAGUCCGCAGAAUUUCGAAUUCAGCCGACCGAGUACACCCGAGAAUGUGAAUUCAAGUAGACUCUUGCUGCUUCGUUUUAAUUCGGUCAAAAAGUCGCAUCAGAAGGAUAAACGUAGCAAGAGAACUUGCAGUUUCUCCGGACACCACGAACAUCUUGCGUCUCUUGGAAAUCAAGCAUCUUCUGUAUCGUCUGAAAGUAAGAAGAGGUCGAGAACUACAUCCUUGCAGAGUAGUACACCCAAGAUGCCGAGCACCUUCGUGUCGUCGACACGCAAGAAUAUAGAUGACGAAUUUAAGAUUUACACUCCGAUUAAGAAAUCGUCAAUCUUGCUCACUGUCACGGAUUACGUUCCCGCGGACGAGAUGUCACGGGAGAAAGGUGAAUCUGCACAAGCAACGAACGAGAUUGAUUAUUCCAGAUGCGUGACGCCAGUCGCGCGUUUCAAGGAAUUCAGGAAGAACGAGGAUCUUUCGUCGACACGCGCCACCGCCACAGAAUUUGAGACUGACACGAACGUUUUGGAGAUAGCAGAUGCGCAAGACAAGAAUGGUAGAUCGACCCCGAUAAAUAUGUCGACGAUGGAGCUACUUCAUAACAAGGAUUCCAUUAAAAUGUCGCAUAGGAAGGAUAAGCAUAGCCGUAACAGGAGUGGGCACGUCAGUUUUACAAGCAGUAAUAAGAUGUUGGGUGAACGUACAGCUUCGUCCAUGAAGCAUCGUGACGACAGUCACCUUGCCGAGAAUGAAAUAUGCGGUAUUGCGCGUGAAAAAGACUACAGCUAUAAUGAGACUGAUUACGGCAGUCCUCAGCCGUCCACAAGUCGAGGAAGGGAUAAUUUUGAAGAUGCAAAAAGUAUUAUGACAUCCAAGUUUCUGAAUACGACGCCUCCAAAUAGUUUGACCUCGAUACAAUUCGUAAAAUUGCUGCGUUCGACUUCUAUUAAAAAGUCGCACAAAAAGGAACGUGAUACGAACGCGCAAACCAAGUACAUUUUCAUGAGCCAGGAACACGAGUUGUCCGACGAUGGAUCGAUAUUCGACGAAGAAGAUAAAUUGCAUUUUAUGGAUAUAAAUGAUAACAAUACCGAGAUAACUACAAUCGAUCUCGAUCAAUCUCAUGGCCGACGGAACGGACGUGCGUUCCCCCUUGCGUUCCCUCUCGCGGCUCUCUUUACUCUCCCUCUCGGCGUUUGUGCUUUGUUCUCUUCGCGAGGACGGUGUGGUGUUGAUCUGCGACGAGCGGCCGACGGGAGAGCGCGAGGGAUCUCGGUACGUAUCUCUCCGCGAGCCAGGGGGGAGCGUGGAGAAGGAGCGAGGGGAAGAGACUCGCGCGCGCGUCGCCCGUCGUGGAGGAGUAUCUCGCGGGUCGCCGAGCCUCGUCGCGCUGGCGAAAGUAAACGUCAGCAUCCGCGAGUGACACCGGCCGCCUCUGGGAGCCUCGUUAGAGUCUCACGAGUCUCCGCCGUGGGCCCCGAGGCCCCGCGCAGGCCCUCUCGCAGUAACGCGCGACCAAGGCUGAAACACAGAGUGUCCGACAUGUCCGACUCCGGCACGGACAGUUCCUCGGACGGUUAUGACGAGGGCAGCAGGAACCGGCUCGCCUCGGCCGGGGACGAGGUGACGUCGUCACGCUACUCGCACCACUCGUCCGGCUCGGAGCGACGCAAGUCCGCCGCGAGCUCCAUCUUCUCCGGCGGGAAGUCCCCCCGAUCGCCGUUGUCGGGCGGCGAGUCCAAGUCGCCGCGGUCCAUCCCGUUGUCGCCCAAGUCGCAACGGUCCGGGAUAAUGUCUCCCAGCGAGGAGGGCUCGCCGCGGUCGAUCCGUAGCUUGUCCAAGUCUCUGCCGCCCCUAUCGCCGUCACCCAUAUCGCCAACAUAUCGCCCGCCCGCGUCGCCGACAUAUCGCCCGACCGACUCGCCCAAGUCCUACCGCUCGGGAAACGACUCUCUCGAUUCCCCCCGAUCGGACCGCAGCCUGUCCCGCUCGCCCAUACGGGACAACAGCUCGUGCCUCUCCCCGUCGAACGACUCCAAGUCCAUGCGCUUCGGAGACGCCGAGUCAAAGGCGUCUGACCUCGAGGUGGACGCGCCCAGAUCCGCCGACAACUCGUUGAAGUCGUACUCGUAUAAGAACAGCGAGUCCAGGCAGAGUUCGCCAAAGUCGCCCAGAUCAGGCCCGAGCUCCGUCAAGUCCUUGACAUCGGCCAGGAGCUCGCCGAAGUCGUUCAAAUCCGGCCCGGCGUCUCCUAUGGACGAUCAGGAGUCGGACAAGCCCUCGCCGGCGCACUCGGGUCCUCGGUCUCCCGAUGAAGAAAAGAACGGUUCGUACAACGAGUUGGACGGCGAGCAAAUCUCGGAUGGGGACAUUGAGGACGAACCAGAGCCCGUGUCUAAAUCUAAACCCACGCCUAUGACCCACGGCGAGGAUCUGUCGGACGUGUCUGAUCUCGACAGCAUGGACGGCCCUGAAGACUCUGCUGAGCAGAACGCGGAAAUAGACAAGGCUCAAGAACAGGACGCCAAGCAAGAAUCCACGAAUGACGAAGAAAGUGCAGAGAAGGAAGACAAGAUUGCACCAGUCGGCCUGACGGAGGAAAGCGAGCAGUUGGACUUCGAAGCCGACGGUCAAUGGAAAGACGAACGUGACGAAGGUGAAGCUGAGGCGCCCAUUAAAGAGAAAGAUACUAAAGAGAACGCAGAGAAAGACGGCAAGGAGAAAGAUAAAGACAAGGACAAGGCCAGGUCGAAAGAGUCUGGCGAGGUGAACGACAAGGAGGAGGGGGAGGAAGGUGAGAAAGAGGAGUCUGAGUUGGAGGAGGGAGAGCUUAGCGAUGGGGAUGACGCACGGCCGGAGGAGACCGAGCCGAGACCGGUGUGUCGUUUCUAUAGUCGGGGCCAAUGUACAUGGGGUGUUAGCUGUAGAUUUUUGCAUCCGGGAGUGACGGACAAAGGUAACUACACUAUGUUCGAUAUGGUGAGGCCUAUGACGUAUCCGCCGCACGCCACCACGCAACACGAAUAUAGAUCGCACAUCGACAGACCGAGUCUGCGCUCGUCAUUGUCUAGUUACGGUGCUCCUACGCACGCACCCAAGGUGGAAGAGACGCCAACCGAAUCCGCCUGGGAGCGAGGUCUGCGCCACGCCAAGGAAAUGAUGCGCAAGGCCAAUAAGCGCAAAGAAUCGGACAUGGAUUUCGAAGAGAAGAAGAUGAACCUGAGUUUAGGGCAGGACGAGCUAGACAGAGAGGCGGGAUAUUACGUGAGAGCGCCCAGUCCCGAGCCGCCGAUCGAGAGAUGGCCGCAACGGGAGGCGCCGCGCAGGGUAUCGUCUUCUAGACUCACGCCAGAGAGAUAUGCCGACGAACCCGAGGGAUACUAUCCUCCUCCGUCCGCGUCAACCGACUAUUACAGACGAGUGCAGUACAAAGAGCCUCGCGACUAUCGGGAUCGCUUUGACUACCAUGCGAUUCCUCGUGGUGCGCAUUCAGUUUCUCCGCCGCCGCACAGUCGCGAUCGCGAGAGAGAACGGGAUCGGGAGCGCGACAGGGAGCGCGAUUACUACGAGAAGUACGAGAAGAAGCACAAACGGCCGUCGCGGGAGGUCAUUGUGGAGCGUAUCCCUCCGACGAAAUCUUGGCGAGAGGAAGAGCAACCUCCUGCGGAGCGGAGUAGAGGCGACGAUUGGGCGGACCCGUGGAUGCGACACAAGUCCCCGAACGCUAGACGCCACAACACAUCAUCUCGCCGUUCAAGGCGGCAGUCUUACUCGUCCGGGUCCUCGUACGGCUCUUCGACGAGUUCUAGCCGUAGCUCCAGUCGUUCUAGCUACAGUUCUUACGACUCCCUAUCCAGGUCUCGUUCACCCUCUCCACCAUCUCGAACUCGUUCUUCUGGCAAAAGUAAAUCCACUGUUCUUACUUCACCACCUGCAAAUCCCUCGGCUGUCACCGCAGCUACGCCUCAGCGAGGUGCGAUGCUAAUGAAUCCUCCCGCUCCCUCUCCUCGCCCGCCCAAGGGCUCUAUCUCCCCUACAACCGGUACGCUGCAUCGACGGGCCGGACUGAAUCCACCUGCCCCAAGCCCGCUCACGUCUCAUCGCCAUCACGAAAAAGCCAGGGAGCAAAAGGCCGCUAUGGCUGCGGCUGCUGUGGCUAAGAUCAUUAAAAGUCGCUCUAGAUCUAGAUCGUCUCACAGUACCUCAGGUUCGGAGAGCAGUGGAAGUAGUAGCGACUCCAGCGAAUCGAGUUACUCGUCGUCCUCGAGCGAGGCGCGCAGAAGAAAGGGUUCGACACCGCCGAUAACGCGCAAAGACUCCAAAGGCAUCGAUGCAUUGAAGCUGAGCGGCGCGAAGCAGCAAAUCAAGCUAACGCUCAAGCCCACGACUAACACCACGGCGGUGAAAAAGGUCGACCGUAGUGCACUUAUGGCAGGUAGAAAACGGGGUAUCGAGUCACCACCGACGAUCGACAACAAGGCGCAAGUGGCCGCGGCGGCGGCCAAGGCCGCCAAGAAGGCGACCUCACGACGCGAGGAAUUAUUAAAGCAACUCAAGGCCGUGGAGGAUGCGAUCGCACGUAAGAGAUCCAAGGUUUAAAAUCAACUUGAUUGAUGGCGUGGGCUCUUUGUGAACAGGGAUCGAAAACGGUGUAACAAAUACCUUCAUAUGAUCGAAAAGAAAGCGAUCUAAGAUCAAUUUCGAUACAACGUAUGGUAUACCAAUAUACAGAUUAUCAGUUUUAAUUUUUAGGAGAUUAUAGUACAGUUGUAAUUAAUUGUUAAGUCUCGAGUUUAUAUUUAUUCGCUUGUAUUUUUUGUAAAAUGCAUGAAAAGUACAAUAUAAAUCUAUAAUUGAUUGUAUCGUGCAGGUUUAAUAGUAUAAUCGUAAUAUCGAUGUAUGAUAAGACACCACAACAUUAAUGAUCUCGGUUGUAUAAUAUAUAUUUGAUUGAUCGAUCCAACACACGUGCGAGAUCUAAUCGAAGAUUUUUGUGAAAAUAGAAAUAUAUACGAUAUUGGUAUAUACAGUUGCUAACGAAACCCAUCUCGGUAUUUCGAUCUCUGUUUGUGAAUGCGGAUAGAUACGUAUGUAUUAAAUGUUAUCUAAGUACACUGUAUAAUUAGCUGCCAUCACCAUCACGAAAUAACGAAAUAUGCGAGGCCUGUUAGAUUGUGGUGGUAUAUAUAAGCAAAAAUAUGUUUUCAUUUUUACAAUACAGGGUCGAAUCCGAUUAUUUACGUUUUACUUCUUCACUAGACUCCUCGUUUUCUUAGAUAGGCGCUUAAACAUAAUGAUUGAUACUGUACAGUCUCGUCGCGAUUGCGUUUUAAUAACAUUCGAGUGAUUAUUUUUAUGUAAAAUGUAAAACGUAAGAAAUAUAUUAUGGAUACUGAGGAAGUAUAAUAUCUUGCAUCUUCCUACAUGCCGAUUAAUUGUAUUCAUUGUUAUUUAAUUAAAUUUUCGUAGCAUAUAUGCGCUAAGGAGUCUCCAAUCGCGAUGAGUUACGAUUUUUCUGAAACAGAAAGCAGACUAGUGAGAUGAUAUUAACCGAUGUACAUUGUCGUGUCUGUACAAAUGUCUACUUUUAUUCUAACGUUCAAAGUAUUAAACACCGUAGAGUGAAUUGUCGGGGAUCUCUAUGUUGCCAAAUAUGAGAAUUGUUCCGUGCAGUCGUGCGCGUAGGCAAAAUCAACAAUAGAAAAUUCAUUUUGUUACAAUUGUUAUCAUAAGCCAGGAUGCUGCUAAAUUAAUGUUAUUUUCCAUGAAGUAGGCACAAGUUGUGUCUACGCCAAUAUAAGCUAAUGUUUAUCGAUCAGACAUACGAUGCUGUCACUUUUCAUUAAUGGACAAGAUUCGGUCUGUAACAAAAGGAUAAAUUUAUUACAACAAA